UUUUUUUUUUUUAUUUAUUUAUAUUAUAUAUACUCUUCCCGCAAGGUUUUAUUUCUACAUGUAUUUUAUUACACUUACAAGUAUUACUCUUUCUUGUCUUACUGCAUUGGUCUUAGGUCAUGCUGGUCAUGAACAUGAACAAGUGUUUGGUCAAAUGCCUAUUGUCUCUGGUCCUUCUGAUAUUCCCGUUAACUUUGACCGUCCUGUGUUAGAAAAGGAUGUUUAUAUGCCUUCCUUCGCUGGUAUAUCUACUUUUGCUCAUUUGCCUUAUUUACAAUGCUUUGAAGAAGGUAUUGUGGAAGAUUAUGAUAUCGCUGUUAUUGGUGCUCCUUAUGAUAUUGGUGUUACUUUUCGAACUGGUGCUCGCUUUGGUCCUUCUGCUAUCCGUGAAGGAUCUAAACGUAUCAAGGGUUUCAACUAUGAAAUCAAGGUAAAUCCAUUCAAAUCAUGGGCCAAAUUAGUGGAUUGUGGUGAUAUUCCCUUUGAACCUUUUGAUGCUGAACAUGCCAUGGGUCAAAUAGAAGCACACGCAAAGUAUGUUCUUCAACGUCCUCCUAAGCCUGAUCAAGAAAUUGCUAUUCCUCCACGUCUUGUUACUCUCGGUGGUGAUCACACAAUUCUUUUGCCUGUUUUACGAGCCAUGCGUGCUGCCUACAAGAAACCUAUCACAGUCAUUCAUUUUGAUUCUCAUCUUGAUACCUGGGCUCCUGAAAUCUACAAUGUCAAGGCUAAACAAUCCAGAUUCAAUCAUGGUAAUCCUCUUUAUCAUGCUGCCAAAGAAGGUUUAACCACCAAUGGUACCUCAAUGCACGUGGGCAUUCGAUCAAGUUUGUAUGAUGAAGAAGAUAUCCAACGUGAUGAAGCUUUAGGUUUUCGUAUGGUCAAGGCGAAUGACAUCUUUACAUUAGGUGUGGAAGGAAUGGUAGAACGAAUCAAGGAAGUGAUUGGUCCAAAAGAUGAUACGUUGCUUUAUCUUUCAAUUGAUAUUGAUGUUAUUGAUCCAAGCAUGGCUCCUGCAACUGGUACUCCUGAAAGUGGUGGUUUGUUAACCCGGGAACUCAAGUAUAUCCUUCGUGGCUUGAAUGGUUACAAUAUUGUUGGAAUGGAUGUUGUUGAAGUUGCUCCUGCAUAUGACACUCAAGCUCAACUUACCAGCUACCUUGCAGCCGAUUUGAUUUAUGAAAUCAUGUCCAUGAUGGUGAAACAUGGUGAAUAAAGAACGACAGUCUCUUUAUAUUAUUUUUUAGAGUUAGUUAAUGUAGUUUAGUUUCUUUUUUUUAUAAUCUUAUUGUAUUGAAAUCCUUGUAUAGAAUAAAAAGAAAAAGAUAACUUGUUUUUUA